GGGGCGCCUUGACUCCGCUGUGGCGCUCUGGGAUUACUAACCGCUUCACUAAGAAAACUUGUUCAAACUUAACAACUCUGCCUUUUUACUGCGACACUGCGGCUUCUUCUCUUCUGCAGUGUCUUUUCUGAGAGACUACGACGUUUGUUUUAUUCACACUGGAGGAACGAAGGAAACAAUAAGAUACUCUGACAGCUGCUGCUGCUCUACUUACCUGCUGGGCGGAUCAUCAUUGAAGAUAAGGAGGAAGGAGGCGCAACCUGAAGGCUUUUGAGUUAUUGCACCGUCUACGCCCACGACUCCCCAUCCGCCCUCCUCCAGUACCUCUCUGAUUUUUAAUGAUUCCCCAUGGGUGAUGGACUGCCAACCUGUGCAGGGUGUACAGCACUAUGCCCCUAGCCCAUUGUGAAUUCUGGGAUUGAUGAGAGAAGUCUACUUUCACUUCCUGCUCUCCAGAGUGACCACGCCCACUUCUAGACUUUCAUCCUGGCAUCUGUAUAAGGAGACAGAUCCCCCUCUACAGCAGAUUCACAGGAAGUUUGUCGGAGAAUAAACGCUCUUGGAAGGAGAAUCUCAAAGGGGGGGUUCAGUCCCCGAAGCCUGCCAACCAUCCCAUCUUUAAAACUCUCAUCUCUGAGACUGGUCCUGUUGAGUUCACUUUCUGAGAGAGAUAGGAGGAGCUAAAGACUGGUGGAUUAUUGGAUCACUGGACGUAGGAAAACCUGUCUGUGGGAGGUGAGUCCGCCGAAGGCCAUGUGUUUCUGCUGAGGUCUCAUCUUCUGCCAAAAUGAGGCUGAUGCCCGGCUCGCCUCCACCCGUCCUGCCAGUCGUCCUGGCUCUCACCUUAGCCGCCUUCUUACCUCAGCUGUCCUCAGGAGCCACACCGUUCCCCCAAGACCUGGAACCCAUCAGCGUUGUGGGCAGAGAAUCCUCCUAUCUCUACCCCAGCUUCCAGGGUCUCAUGUCAGACAAUGACACAGUCCGUCUGGGUUUGGACUUCCAGAGGAUGCUGAGGAUUAACCACAUGCUCUACAUUGCUGCACGGGAUCAUGUGUUUGCUGUCAAUCUCGCCUCUUCAUCUGAGCAGAUCAUCCCACAGCAGAAACUGACUUGGAAGACGAAGGAUGUGGAGAAGUGCACUGUGAGAGGGAAAAACAGCGACGAAUGUUACAACUAUAUCAAAGUUCUGGUGCCUCGCAAUGACGAGACGCUUUUUGCCUGUGGCACCAACGCCUUCAACCCCACCUGCCGUAACUAUAAGAUGGCAACUUUGGAGCAGGAGGGGGAGGAGGUAGUGGGACAAGCUCGGUGUCCCUUUGAGUCCCGCCAGUCCAAUGUCGGCCUUUUUGCAGGUGGUGAUUUUUACUCGGCCACCAUGACCGACUUCUUGGCAAGCGACGCAGUGAUUUACAGGAGUCUGGGAGAAAGUAGUCCUGUUCUACGUACAGUAAAGUACGACUCCAAAUGGCUGAGAGAGCCCCAUUUCCUCCACGCCAUUGAGUACGGGAACUACGUGUACUUCUUCUUCAGUGAGAUUGCGGUGGAGUACACAACUCUUGGCAAGGUUGUUUUCUCCAGAGUGGCACGUGUUUGUAAGAAUGACAACGGCGGUUCACCGAGGGUGCUUGAACGUUACUGGACGUCAUUCCUCAAAGCUCGGCUGAACUGCUCCGUCCCCGGCGACUCUUUCUUUUACUUUGAUGUUCUGCAGUCGCUGACGAACGUGCUGCAGAUCAACCACAGGCCAGCUGUGCUCGGAGUCUUCACCACACAGGCAAACAGCAUCACCGGGUCAGCGGUGUGUGCUUUCUACAUGGACGACAUCGAGAAGGCGUUCAGUGGAAAGUUUAAAGAGCAGAGGAACAGUGAAUCCGCGUGGACGCCCGUACCAGAGGAGCAGGUCCCUAAACCAAGGCCGGGAUGCUGCGCUGGCGAAGGCUCAGCCGCCGCCUACAAGUCAUCUACAACUUUUCCUGAUGAAACCCUGACUUUCAUCAAGUCGUACCCGCUCAUGGACGAGUCCGUCCCCUCGGUCAAUGACAGACCCUACUUCACCCGGACCACCAGCAGAUUCAAGUUGACCCAGAUUGCUGUGGACACAUCUGCGGGGCCGUAUAAGAACCACACAGUGAUUUUUCUGGGCUCAGACAACGGCCAUGUGCUAAAGAUCCUGGCCAGCACUGAGGGAGCAAACGCAUCCUUCAACACCCAAGUCCUGGAGGAUAUCGACGUCUACAACCCCAACAAAUGCAACGUUCGGGGGGAGGACAGGAGGGUGCUGGGUCUCGAGUUGGAUCGAGACCAUCAUGCAUUGUUUGUGGCAUUCUCCAGCUGCGUGAUCCGUGUGCCGCUGAGCCGCUGCUCUGACUACAGCUCCUGCAAAAAGAGCUGCCUGUCCUCACGGGACCCCUACUGCAUCUGGAUCAAGUCAGGCACCUGUGCCACCGUCUUACCUGGCUUCAAAGGUGGGUUUGAGCAGGACGUGGAGAACGGCUACCAUCAGCAUCCUGAUACCUGCCACGAUGUGCUGGCGACAACCCGCAGGCAGAACACGGCGCUAGAUUCGGCGUAUGGGAAGACCACACCCACAAGCGCCAGCACAACCUUUCAUGGGGCGGCAUUCCCAAAGGAGGCAGGUGACCCUGAAAGAGGUACAGGUCCUGAUGGCCCUCCCUCCGUGGGGGAACAAGGGUCACCUGACUCGGAGCCAAUCAGUGUGGAGAUGGAGGGUGUGAGGCGACCACCAGAUCUGGAGAAGACCAAUCACAGUGUUCACUAUACUCUCCUGAUUGCUUGCGUCUUGGUUGCCUUCGUCCUUGGUGCCUUCCUGUCCGGCUUCCUGGUCUCCUGCUACUGCAACCACACAGGCCACAAGACCAAGAAGCUGUCAAAAGAUCCUGAGGCCCCAAUCCCGCAUGCCCUAUCCCUCCGCAGCCUGGCCAAGCUCAAUGGCCUUCUGGACAGCCAAAGCAAGGACGACAAGCUGGAGGUUUCAUCCCCAAAGAUCUACAAUUCUUUCUUUGCCAACAGCAAGGAGCAUCAUCAGCCGAGGAGAAAUGGUCAUCAUGGAAUGACAAUGGGCGACCUGGUCCACCAGCACCACCACCACCAUCUCCACCAUUCUUCAGAGCUGUCUGGUCUUCCUACACCAGACUCAACCCCAGAACUUCCUAUUAAAAGCAUGAAAGCCUUCAAGAACCAAUGGGAGAAGAACCAGAAUUGUAACAACGCCAAGGAGCCAAAGUCUCACAACAUAGGAUCUAGGCCCAGCUCGGCCCUGCUUCACCAGCAGGUCUUCCCAUACUCCCAUGCCCUGUCUAAUGGGCAGCCACUGGUCGGGGGCCACCUUCAUCCAGAAGAGCGCAAAAUCCACAAUGUUGAGCGUGUGCUAUCACAGCAGCCUUAUCCUGGUUACUCUCAGAAAGUGAUGGAAGUGACGUCUCUGGACGAGCUCCUGAAGCACAUUCAUGAUGCAAGCAGCAGCAAGAACUCCCAGUUAAUGAGCCCAUCAGGUCUAAUGGCCAGUGGUGGUGGAGGCCAGCUAGCAUUCGCUAACCGAAUCCAGCCCCAGAUUCCAGAGACAGAAUCAGCUCCUUACUACAGCUCAUCCACUUUACCUAGAGACAGCCUCACUCGACGUAUGGAUGUUCCUCCAGAUAUUCCCCCACACCACCAGUCCACCCUGGAGAGGAGGCACUCCUCCCAGAGGCACUCUCUGAUUGCUGCAGCCACCAAGAUGCCCAAUGGAAGCGCAGGAGGAGGCGGCGGGGGAGGAGGUAUGAUCCCUCGCCAACACAGCUUUAGCCAACGAAAUGGUGGGUCACAUCAGCCACCUCCCCUUCUGGCACGGAUGAACUCAACAGGCAGUGCCUGUGAAGUUCACUACCCUCUUAUCCCCAACGGAUACCUGGCACGCCAGCACAGCUACAAUGGAGACCAGCAAGAGGUUCAACAGAGAGGUGCUAUCAUACGUCGGGCCACCUCUCUUAAACCUGACGUCCCUCCUAAGCCCUUGUUCAUACCUGCCACUUCCCCAGUCAACCAGCAGGGAAAGUUCAACUACUGAGGAGAGGAAUGCUCCUGGACUAGAGCAGGAGUCUCGCUCAUUGUGUCUUCUUAAAGGAACUUCCCUUUGAAGGCAUGCAUUGGGUUUGAGGAUGCAGACCAUCCCAAGAAAACACUACCAACUGGGUGGCAGCCAGUGUCACUGUGGACGAAAGCCUCAACCAAACUUGUUUUUCCCUCUUCUUUUUGUCCAACGAAUAUCUUUGUACCAUAUUGGUAUUGCUCAGCUACUUGCUUAUUAUAGAACUGUUGACUUGGGUGACGUGAAGCCACCUCCUUAUUUUAGGCUGCCAAUGUCCUCAGUGUGGAUUUACAAUGCAACUUAGUUUUUGGACUCAUUGAUGUUGGAAAAACUGUUCGCAUCAAUCAUCUUGAAGACUCUGAAGCCGGAGGCUCCUGCAAUGCUUAAAUUCAUGCUUUUGCUUAACCUUUUCUGAUGUAGUGUUGGUAACCAGUCCCCACCCACCCCACCCUCGAAUGUGUUUAUAUUAUGCAUGUGUGUGUAUAUAUAUGUGUGUUUAUAUCCACACCGUAUAUGUAUACAUAUACAUAUGCAGUAUAUGUAACCUGUGGUGAAAAGUCAGCAAAUUCCCCUGAAAGUAGUUAUGUCUUUGCCUUACUAUACUCUGUCAUCUUUGGGCAUAUCAAACGAUCCCCUAAAGACAGACCCUGAGAAAUAUCUUUGGGUCACCACAUCAUGCACUCCAUCAAUUAACGCUCAUUGUCAGUUGGCUAAAGUAGUGAACCAAAUUUGUUCAGUCUAUCAAGAGGAAGAAAAUACUUCAACAAAGCAGCUAAAUACAGUAGUCUUCUCUCUUUUUUUCCCGUCCCAGCAGAUGUCAGGUUAAAGAGAAGCACUUGGGUCCAUUUAAGUUUUUCAGAAUGUUUCUCUAAGAUUGGUGCUCUACAAAUCCAGUUAGUCUCAACCGCAGUUUCCAUCGGGUCUGUCCGCACUGUGUGCUAUGUUCACCGCCACUCAGAGCAAAUGGCAGCCGGUCUUGUCAACCUUUAUAUUUCCACAGCACAUGCCACAAUCCGUCUCUAGUAUGUGCUAGAAGUGCUACCCCACCCUGCUCUGUUUGAGAUACUUGCCAAGUCUUUGUACAACAGAGCUGCUGCCAUUAUGCAUCAGCCUGCAUAGAGUAGACCAACCAAAACAGGAAGUCAGACAUGGGAAUGCAAUCUGUUUCAAAAUACCACACCAGGUACAGAUAGCCAAUUGUAUAUCCCAUCACUUAGUCAACAUAACACCAAAACAGGAGGCAAAUUGACCCUGAAUAGGCAGAGUAAAAUGCAAACCUAGCUGCUCAGACAUGGGUGUCCCAUUGAUCGAUACAAAAUCAUGGAACGCAUGGAAUGCACACGGACCCUGUGGAAAUUGCGCAUUACAUCCUCUGUCAUUACAAAAAAGUAUUUUGGACCCAAAGAGGAUGAACGCCAUGCCAUCCGGCAUCAUAAGAGGGAUGAAAAAAUAUAGAAAGACCGCAGUUAUUCUAAUUAUUAACUUUGUGGCUAUUGGGUGUAAAUAAAGGAAUAAUUACUAGCCAAAUUUUAACUGUAUGUGUAAAUGUGUGCCUUAUUUAAUAAUAGUGUGUGACAUGGGGGUAGGGGUAAAUGCAAGGGGCUCAAAUGGCUACUAAGCUACAGUAUAUUGUAGGUGUUUAAUUUUGUAUGGUUGUCAGUGUGUCAUACAGUAUCUAUUGUACAUUUGAAGAGUUUCAUUCCAGAAUGAGAUAUUUGUCACUUAAAAACUGAUAACUGCAAUUAUGAUUGUAACACUCACUAAUGAAUCCUACUUUAUGUUAAAUCCUGAGCCUUUUUUUACAAAGUAAUAUUGUACAAAUAUGUUUUUUUGAAAAGAUUAAACCCUCUAUAAACAGCAUAUAUUGUUUUUAGGAUGGAUACAGUGUUUUGGAAUGAAACCCUUCAUUUCUCUUGUUUGUUUUUCUUUUCCCAAAAGUGUGAGCCUGCAGAUUUUUUUUGGGAGUGUUUGACGAGUAAACACAGCCUGGGACUGCAGACAUUCAGGUUUGAUGCCUCCAAGUUUAUGUCACUUUCCACUGGGUGUCACUUUCCCUAUAGGUGCCAAUAUUAUCUCUUUGUUUUUAUUCUUUUAGCAGUAGCGUUAGCAUCUCUUUGGCUUUCUUAUGGAGCAGUUCACACUUCCUCUUUGAGUUAUGAUCUACAGAGUGGUAACCUUUGUAGAAGUCAGUGGUGUGUGAAUGUUUCAGCUUCAUACUCUUGUGUUUUUGUCAUUAUGUAGAGGGAACUCUUGAGAAUUAAAAACACUUGUUAUAGUUUUAUACAAGAGUAUGAGAACAAAAACAGAAUGAAGGCAUGGACCUGGACCAUUGACUGUAAAAUCAAAGUGGAUGUAGUUUCUUGUUAUCAAAAUAAAGCCAAUGUGGAAAGCUUAAAGUUGCAUUUUAUACUGACCAGCAGGGGGCGACCCCACUGGAUAAACCACGUGUAAGGGAGCAAAUAAGAAAGUCAGCCUUCUGUUAAGGGUAUUUUCCAUCUCAUUAGACAUUCUUUUUAGACUAAAACCGCCAGUAUAAAAACAGUAUGGCUAAGGCUGUUAUUCACUAGCUAUUAACAAGACAACCUACCAACCAGGUUAAAGAGUGUGACAGUCGUAUUUUAAAAUAUGGUUCCUUUUGAUGCAAACUAAUAAAGAGAGCCAAAAAGAGGCUUUUAAUUAGUAGUUUGCAGACAGAUUAACCAUAUCUGACUUGUCCAUGUUUCUGUGAUGUCACACAACACGUGGAGAAUUCAAAUGUUCAUUUAGACCUCAAAAUUGUGACAUUUCUUUUUAUCCUUUUCCAAUUAAGAAGAAAUGACAAAGAUCAGAUGUACUGAAAACCACAGAGAAAUCAGACCACAUUUCAUACAUUUAAAAGAAACGUAUUUAUAAAACCAGGCUGCACGAUGGCACAGGGGUUAGCGCUGUUGCCUCACAGCAAGAAGGUCAUGGCCCUUCUGUGUGGAGUUUGCAUGUUCUCCCUGUGCAUGUGUGGGUUCUCUGGC